GAAUACCGUUGAGUGGAUGCAAUCUCAUACCUCCAAGGGAUCGAUUCCCCUCACCUGUGAGUAUCAACACAGCACCGAGCACACCAAAAGCGGGGCCAAUCUUGGUGUCGAGCGUUAUUUCAGAGGGUAAAGGCGUUUCGCUAGCUGUGGCCGUAGGGAAGACGGAGACUGUGGUCCUUGUUGCAAGGACGGUCGAAAAUGACGUUGAGAUACUCCCACUGGCGGACACGACUCUGGAAAUGGUGGAGACCGGGACAGUCGUCGUGAUAGUUGUCGUAGCAUUUUGCGCAGCGACUAGCAGAGAUAAUCCUGCCAAAACGAGUGCUACCAGGAAAACGCGCAUUGGGACAAGUAGUGAGCGGGUUCAAGGUUCUCGAGAAUUCCGGGGGGCGAGGCCUGUGACUGAAGAAGGCGUCCGACACCCGGCGGAACUUGUUAUGAGGGUGAAAAGAGUGUGUGGACCGGCCAUCUUCUCCUUAUAUAUCAAAUUGACACUCCACAGGUUGUGCUGUCAUUGGUUUUGUGGUUUGCACAAUUCCCAAGUGGCACUAUCAUGUGCUCUUGGCGGCUACUGCAAUGGUGGGUGCCACCGCAUUCAUCCUUGGUGUAGACUGCUAUACGACGGCUGGCUUAAAGGCAAGUCUUAUGACGCAAUCACAUUCGACCGACUGACGCCCUGGCAGGAGUUCUAUCUCUACAAUAUAGGCUUCCGUGCUCUAUUCCCCAAAUAUGCUGACAAGGAUUUUCCCGUCUCGCAAACCAUGCAAAUUGAGCUCGGCAUGAUUGGUGCAGUUACCAUUAUGGGGAUGGCCGUGCAAGCCCGCGUCCUGAUUGCACUGCAAGCCAAACUUCGAGAAAUCAAUGCUGAACAAGAGCGUCGCAACGCUGAAGUUGAAGCCAAAGCUGCUGCACGCUUUGAUGCUGUCAAUCGCGAACUCGAAGACUGGGAGCGUGAACACGGCAAAGGCGGCCGGAAUCCCAACAAGGAUGACUUGGAGGCUAGUCGAACCCAGACACCAGAAAGCCCAAGAGCUUCAUCGCAGUUUAGCCUCUUCAAGUCAUCGCGCACUCAUGCCAAGCGACGUUCUUCAAUCACAAUGGCCGACCUCGCGAACACGAACCAGAACACGCCCAAGGAGGAACCAGUUACCCCAAAAAUCAACCUAGAUCUAGGAGAGUCGGUAGAAAAGGCGAUUCCGGAGGACCUUAAAGCAGCAGAGGGAAACAUCCGGCUCAGCGAAGAGGAGAAAAAAGAUACAGACCUUGUACAAAGAGUCAGUCUUCUCAACGAGAUUCAAGGGGCAAGCUCUAGCAAAAACCUGGCGUCCUCCGGCACAACUCAGCCGAAGCCAGGCCAAAGGUCUCCCGGCAGGACAGGCACUCGCCCCUUAUCCCAGUUCGAUUCUUUUGGGGUCAACUCGGGUUUGGGCAUUCAAGAAGACCGAACUCAAAGGCCGACCAGUACUCCCGCUCUCACUGAAUGGGACAACUAUGUUCGUAGUAGAAAUCUAUUCCAACCACCAUCCGGGGUAACGGCUCCCAUCACAGCAACUCCAAUUCAGCAACCCCGCCCUCAGUCCAUUUCUGUACCCCUUGCAGUUGCGGAAGCCCUCGAACAACGCAAGAAGCAGGAGAAGGCGUAUGAGUUGGGUGGUCCCGAUGCAUAUAUCGAAGCAGCAGCAGGUGGUUCCUCGGGACGCCAGUCGAGACCAAGCUCUGUCAUGUUGGGCAAUGGUAAUUCAGAGGAAGACCAACCCCUCUCUCAUCGUCGCCGCACUAGUAGCCACUCCCUUCUACAAGGCUCUUCACGAACCCGUACCAACUCUCAGGUCCUCAUUCUCCCACCACAGAGAUCCUCUCCAUCGCCUUCGCCCAACCAACCUAUUGUUAGAACCUUUGAAGAACUUGAAUCCAGGCACAAGGAAAAAAUUAAGGCUCUUCAAGAUCCUCUCACUAAAAAGGAGAAAGAAGAGGCUGAGAUUGCUGCGGCAAGGAAACGAUGGGAGCGAAGUGUCCAGGUAGAGCGCAAUGUUAUGAACCGAAAGGAGCAGGAACAAGUACCCGAUAAAAGAGAAGGUCACACCCGGUCCUCUUCGCGACCACAUUCAAGGUCAUUGAGCGCAUUUGCGCUCCAAGGUCAAGACACUUCGCGUCCUUUGUCAAACAUCAAUAAAGUUCAGGAAUGGAAACGAUAUCAAGACGCUACUCAGCAACAACCUACCACAGAACAGAGCUCUUCAAAUUCAGGUCAUCAACGAUCUAGGUCCAAAUCUCCCCAUGGUCUCUUGUCCGGCAGUCACUCUAGUCGACCUCAUUCCCAAAGUUUCGGAAGGACUGAUGCAAUUGUAUAG